GCAAAACAAAGCAGAUUACUCGCGUAGUCAACAUUGCGAACAACACAUUGUGUGAACAACUCGGUGCGUGAAGUGCAAAUAAAAGUUUCUGUACGAAUUGUGUCUCAGAUUCCCAAAAAAAAAAACUUGUUUGAAUACGGAACAUUACUCCUCGAAGAACGGUCAGAGUUUAAUCAGCUAAGGGAUCGGAUAGAAAGCGAAGGUUAACCAGAUUGGUGCAACACGAGGCCAUAUUCUUUUCGGAAAUAUUAGUAGCAACCAAGAGUCUUCUUCUAUUCAACUAUGGAUUACGAGGAAAUAGCAAUGUCCGAGGAGCAGAAUCAAACGGAGCGCAAGGAAAGCGGCAAACGAGGGCGCAAACCUGGUCGUAAGGUGUCAAUUGAGAAGAUCGAUAUGAAAGCUAAACUUGCAGAACGUAGCCGGCAGAGUGCUCGUGAGUGUCGCGCCCGUAAGAAACUUCGCUAUCAGUACCUCGAGGAACUGGUGACCGAUCGCGAGAAGGCCGUUGUCGAGCUGCGCCGUGAGCUGGAGAAGCUGUACUCGUGGGCGCUGGAGGUGGAAGCUGGCCGCUGUCCGGACGGGUUGCAGGAACUGUUCGAGGAGCUCGGUGCCAUGAAGCAGGAGUAGAAACCGUACAAUCGGUUUCAUCUGAGAAAGCUUUCGCGCUUAGUUAGAGCUUUACGUUCGAACGUAAAUUCCGUUGGGUUAUAUCUUUUUGUUGACCGUUCAACGUCUUUCAACUCGUCACACUCCGUGGCUCAAUGUUGUUAUACUUUAAUGCUUCGUCGCAGGAGUUCAGUUUGCCCAUCGAACGAUCACCUUAUGUUAUGAUGUGUUACGUUGCAUUUGAUUCUUGCACCAUAGUUUAGCUUUUGUUCCUUUCAUGGUUUUGAUGGUUUCGUAUUUUUGAAUGUUUCGUUGUUGAGCAAUUUGCCUAAAAAAUGAGAGGAUAUCGAUAAAAAACAGACAUAAAAAUCGUAAAAAAUUACUAUAAAUAUAAAAAAAGAAAGUGAACGCAGCUUGUAACACACACUUACGGAUGAAAUAAGGAAAAGAAAGUGAGAGAAAAAGGAAAAUGUUGCCUCAUUUCAAUAGAAAGCCUCCUCCCUCCGAGGUCGGCACUCAUCCCAAAUAAGAAAGUACACGCAAAACACUUCCGUGUAUUAUAUUGGUUAGUUCCCGCUGAGAGAGUGAGAGAGAGGGUGUACAGCAUAUUAACUCUAGGUUUCGAAAGAGGUUGUCCGCCUGGUGGUGUAUGGCCGCCAGGAAGUUCGGCGGAAGUGUCAAUACUACUUCUAAUAAUUAGAGAUGCUAUAAUUAAGUACUUUCGUCUUAGUUCAUACGUAACAAAGCUCACAACGAAGACCUGAAGAAGAAAAGGCUUGUAAAUGGCCGGUGGUACGGUGAUUUGUGUGCAAAGAAUCGAAGAUCUUAGUUGUUUCUAUUAAAAAGUAUGCGAAACGUAAUUAUUAACAGAGUACCGAAACAUAUAAAUCAACUAUCAUUCGUAUUAUCGUUGUUUAAAAACAAUCGACGCCUGUAACAGAGUAAAAAAGCACACACUCCAUUCGAAGAAGAAGAAAAGAAAUAAUAUUUUUGUAUGAUAUAUUUAAAAACUCUUAUAAUAAACCAUACCUUUCCUUCACCACGCGUA